CUUCAAGGAGGUCUGCGCCUAUUCACUUCCUGAACACUCCUCGCAACUCACUGUACUAGGCCUCUGUGCCCUCGAUAACCCUCAGUCGCCGCGCCUGCUGUCCAGCCCAAUCCUCGGACUACCUGCGUGCGCAACCGCCAGCAGCCCUCCUUUCACGGGGGAUCGCCGCCUACCCACCAAGGACCACAUCUCCAGCCCACCUCCGCCAUGCGCUUCCUUUCGUACGCCCUCAUAUCGCUGGCGACUGUGGCCUCAGUCAUUGCCGCAGACCCAACCAAAAAUGCGGACGAGGUCAAGAUACAGACAGCGCCGGCCGCGAAGCCCUCCGAUGACCUAGAUGAAGUGCCACAAGAUACAACAUUUAAUAGCCAAAAGGUGCCACCGAUGAUAGACUUCGAGCCAGGAAGUAUCGAAAAGGAACUUCCCACAGGAUACUGGCUUGUGGAAUACUUCUCUCCAAUGUGCGUCCACUGCAUGAGGUUCAAGCCAACAUGGCAAACCUUAUACGAGUACUAUUACACUUCGAAACCACUCGGCGCUCAGAAGAGCUCCGACGCCCUCAAUUCCUUCACCCGCUACUACAACUUCAAAUUCGCCAGAAUGAAUUGCAUUGCCUAUAGGGAUACCUGCUCCGCAAAGAACGUUGAGAACUUCCCAACCAUCGCACUUUAUAAGGACGGCGAAGAAGUCAAGAAAGUCGUUGGAGAACAGACACUUGCGCAACUGAGUAAAUGGGUGGAAGAAACUCUCGAAACUAUCCGUCCUGGAUCCCGACCUGCGGACGGUCCUGCCCUUCCAGAAGUUGGCGCUAAGAGAAUAGAUCCAGAGGCCAAGCCAAAAAUCGCAGAGGAAAAGGACAAAGACCCUGCCGCUGGAUCCGCCGCAGCCUCGAAGCACAUGGAAUUGGCCACACCAACGGCACCUUCAAAGGGAGAGCCAACAAAGGCUAAAGCCACGCCUAACCCAUCUGGGAUAUCCGUAGCCCUCACUGCUGAAAAGUUCCAGAAACUCGUCACCAACUCACGCGAUCCGUGGUUCGUCAAGUUUUAUGCACCCUGGUGCCACCACUGCCAGGCCAUGGCCCCUAAUUGGGCGCAAAUGAGCAGGGAAAUGCAGGGGAGAUUGAACAUCGGAGAAGUCAAUUGCGAUGUUGAAAAGAGGCUAUGCAAAGACGCGAAGGUCAAAGGCUACCCAACCCUUUUCUUCUUCAGGGGUGGAGAACGCGUUGAAUACAAUGGCCUCCGUGGAAUUGGUGACCUACUCGACUUCGUCAACAAGGCCGUUGACAUUGGAUCUGGCGUCAUGGAUGUUGACUUCGACUCGUUCAAGGAGAUGGAGGAGACCGAAGAAGUCAUCUUCCUUUACUUCUACGACCACGCCACCACCAGCGAGGACUUCCAGGCCCUAGAACGUCUCACCCUGAGCUUGAUAGGUCACGCAAAGCUUGUGAAGACCAACGACCCUCGCCUAUCCGAGCGCUUCAAGAUUUCCACCUGGCCCCGCUUCAUGGUCUCCCGCGACGGCAAACCAAGCUACUACACCCCCCUCGCACCCAAGGACCUGCGCGACCACCGUAAAGUCCUUACCUGGAUGAAAUCCGUCUGGCUGCCCAUCGUUCCCGAGCUCACUUCCUCCAACGCGCGCGAAAUCAUGGACGGCAAGCUCGUUGUACUCGGUAUCUUGUCCCGCGAACGUUCCGACGAGUUCAUCCUCUCCAAGCGUGAGAUUAAGAACGCGGCUAUGGAAUGGAUGGACAAGCAGGCGCAGAUGUUUCAGCUCGAGCGCCAAGAACUUCGCAAUGCAAAACAGCUGCGUAUCGAGGAGGCUGAGGACCGCAACGACCAGCGUGCGCUACGAGCUGCGAAAAGCAUCCGCAUCAACAUGGAUGAGGUCGAGCACAAGAACGUUGGAUUCGCGUGGGUUGAUGGCGUGUUCUGGGAGCGCUGGAUUCGGACGACGUAUGGCAUCUCGGUCAAGGAUGGUGAGAAGGUCGUUAUUAAUGAUGAAGAUAACCGCAAGUACUGGGACCUAACAAUCAACGGCGACCCAAUCCGCCCCUCGCGCACGUCUAUCCUCGAGACACUCAAGAGCAUCGUCACUUCGCCACCGAGGAUCACCCCGAAAUCCACAACCGGCGCCAUCGAGCGCUUCUUCUUCCAACUGCGCGGCGUGUUUGGCUCGCACCCCUGGCUCGCCGUCGGCGUACUGCUCGGUUUCCUAGGCGCCGUGGGCGUGUGGGGGAGGGGCAGGAUCAGGAAAGGGAGGGUAUGGGGAAGUGGCGGGUACUUCCAACUUAAUGAGAAGGACGGGCUAUUAGGUGGUGGAGCUGGUGGUAAGGUGGAUUAGGGGACUCAGUUGAGGAAGAAUAGCGAUGGGAAUGGAGAGAAGGGGUGUGUGUGCGGCAGCACGGGGUGUUCUGCGCUCUUCCCUGUGUCUUUUUGUAGAAUUACAUGUUAUCCGAUUGGGGAUGGGAUGCAGCUGAACACAUUGGCGUUGGGGUAGGAAGAUCGGU